AUGGAGUACAUAGCGGGCUUGAUUCUCUGCUUUUAUCGACGCUGCGGUAGCCCGACUGAAUUGGCUUGAAGGAAAUCAGUCCAGCAUCAGAGUGAGGGUAGCUUUGGGACUGCACCGGGAACUGAACUGAAACCACCAGAUCUGAAGUGUUCAAAACAUAUCUCAGGGCAAGCUCACAAGCUAUCUGAAGAAGCAUCAGGAUGAGCCGUCAUCAUUUGCUUUGCAUGAGAGGCUGGAGAUUUUGCUCGUGCACCUGAGAGACAGCUGCUAGAUACCGCCGAAACCUGCUACUACAGCGAUAGAGACACCUGAAGUCGAUUUAUUGCCCAGAGCUCUCCUCGUGGUGCAGCUGAAAGCAAGGCAGAGAGUGACCCAGCGGCUCUGCGAUACAUCCAGCAUGACAAACAUGAAGUGCGUUUUGUGCUAAGAACAGAUGUAGGUGAGCCAUGUAGGUCAAGGGGAAGGACCUCAUCAUGGCAAAGUAGCACUCUGGCGAUGAAAAGAUGAGAACCGGAGGACGCUGCAUCAUCCUCAGGGACGUACCGGAGGCUGUCCUGGAGCCUGCGGGGAGCUUGUCCGGACUUCCAGAUGGUGACCGCCUGAGGCCCUUACCUUCACUCCAAUGCGGCUCCGAAACUAAUUGUGUUCAGGAUUCGGAACGAUCAGCGUCGAUGCCUCAGGAACAGUACGCGCACCGGAGCGCCAUGCAGAGCUCGGAAGGACCGCAGGUUUACAAAGUGGGGAUUUAUGGCUGGAGGAAGAGAUGUCUCUAUUUCUUCGUGCUCCUCCUCAUGAUUUUAAUCCUGGUGAACCUGGCCAUGACCAUCUGGAUUCUCAAGGUUAUGAACUUCACCAUCGAUGGAAUGGGAAACCUGAGAAUCACAGAAAAAGGUCUGAAGCUAGAAGGAGACUCCGAAUUCUUGAAGCCCCUCUACGCCAAAGAAAUCCGCUCCAGACCUGGCAACCCACUGUACUUCCAGUCCGCCAGAAACGUGACAGUGAAUAUUCUCAACGAGAAGACGAAAGUCCUCACUCGUCUUGUAACAGGUCCCCAAGCCGUGGAAGCACACAGCCAAAAAUUUGAGGUCAAAACCACAUCUGGAAAGUUGCUGUUUUCGGCAGACGACAAUGAAGUGGUAGUCGGAGCAGAGAGGUUGCGAGUUUUAGGAGCAGAGGGCACAGUGUUCCCUAAAUCCAUAGAAACUCCCAAUGUCAGGGCAGACCCCUUCAAGGAACUAAGACUCGAGUCGCCUACACGCGCGCUGGUCAUGGAGGCUCCGAAAGGCAUCGAGAUCAACGCGGAGGCCGGCAGCUUGGAAGCCACGUGCAGGACGGAGCUCAGGCUGGAAUCCAAAGAUGGAGAGAUCACAUUGGACUCUGCAAAAAUCAAACUACCUAAAUUGCCUCAAGGGUUUUACUCCGCGGCAGGAUCCAGGCAAAAAAUCUACGAGCUGUGCGUGUGUCCCAACGGGAGGUUAUUCCUGUCUCAGGCCGGGGCCAGUUCCACCUGCCAGAUAAAUACAAGCGUCUGCCUUUGAGAGACAAUGCGCGGUGGGCACUGCAGGCAGCGCAUGGGCCUACGGCUGGUCUCAGAGAUAGCAGCUGCCAACUAUUUUUACUAGAACACAGAAAGCCUAUCAAAGACUUUUUUUGUGUGUGCGUGCGCGUGUGUGAAUAUAUAUAUAUAUAUAUAUAAAUAUAUAUAUAAAAUUAUAUAUAUAUAUCCUCUGUGUAAAAUGAUGUUUCAGUACAAGGAAUCCCAGGGUGACCCUGUGACAUUUGUGUAGUGUCCCACUUUUCCCCCAUACCCAAAUUUAUCAGUGCAGACCACUGGAUUCGGUGCUCCCCAGACUUUUCCAUAUUAGUACACGUAGGGUGUGUCAACACGCACAAGUAAUGCUAUCUGGCUUUACCGUGCAGUCAGUUUACUACCUCCAUAUGCAGGUAGUAAAUUUACUGUGCAGUAGACUAAUUUACUGCGCAGUAAACACCUGCACGUGGAGAUGGUGACGUUUACUGCACAGUAGAUUAGUCUAGUCUGGUAUCUAGUGUAGACACAGCCUCUGAUGACUGUCCCUUGUUAAUUCUGUUCUGGGAGCAAUGGGAACGAGGUCUGAUUAAGAUGACUGGGAUCCUAUUAGCAGCCUAGGAAGGGAGAACAGCAUCUCUGAUUAUUUUUGCACUUUGAAAAUCAGUGGCGUCAGAAAAAAACCAGAAUGGCUGGCGACGCAGUGCAAAUUGCCCCAGCGGCUCCAAGGAGCCUGUGUUUAUAUUAAAAAGGAAGAGAGUGCAAUUUAAUGUAGGACAGCUUAGUGGCAAGGUUUUGUCCUAACACAUAGGAAGCGUGUGCUUCAUGCCCAGAACCACCACCCCUUGAGAAGAGGGGAUGUUAGCCCUGGUCCUGCUCUCCUUCAUGUGAAAGGCAAAACUCACUUUGACAUAAGGGACGGUGGACCAUGCCCAUGCAGGGUAGCGUCCUACAUGAUUCAGGGAUGUUUGCAGGGAUCCCCUCCAGUCUUUCUUAGCCAACAGGGGCAUAAAAAAGUUAGGGGGAUUUAAUAGGUAUGUAGUAAGCAAUGUCACUGGCUGGGGGGAAAAAAAAUCAAAAACUAAUUGGAAUUAUUCUGCAUUGAAGAUCUCUGCCAUCGUGUUAGGUUAGCUGUUUAUCAGCUGCAAAGGUAACCUAGCAUGGAUGUCACAUCACCUUAUUCACAAACUAUGCUUUUGUUUAA